AUGCUUUCCUUAUUAUUACCGUCAAUCAGUAACACGGAUGAGAAAAACAGCGUAUAUAUGAAUUAUGGGUAUAAAUUUGAAACCGUUUUAGACACGUUAACAUCAAAUAGUGAAAUACAUUUGAUAAGAUCAUUAGACACUGAUGAAACGUUUAUUUCAAAAGUGUAUGAUAUUUACGGAGCCACUGAAAAUGAUUUAAAGAAAUAUAUGAAUGAAUUGCAUAUAAUGAAAAAAUUAGAAAAUUGUGAAAAUGUUGUCAAGGUUGUUGAUUUCAUUGAACAAAAUGAUUCUUUGUCAUUUAUAACAGAAUUUUGUAGUCAAGGUGACUUAUAUUCAGAUAUAUUAAAAAGAAAGAUGAACAAUGAAAAGUAUUCUGAAAGUGAAAUUUUUAAUAUUUUUAAUCAAAUAUUAAAUGGAUUAAAUUCAAUUCAUAAAAAGGGAAUUAUACAUGGUGAUUUAAAAAGCACAAAUAUAUUUAUUAAGGAUGACAAAAUUAAAAUAGGAGAUUUUGGAAUAUCGCAAAAAGGGUCAAAUAAUAACUUAGGGACUUUAAAUUUUUUAAGUUAUGAAUCUAUCAUAUUUAAAAAAACCAAUGAAUUAAGUGAUUUAUUUCAAGUAGGUUGUAUAUUAUACGAAUUAGCUACCUUAUCCUCUCCGUUUUCUGCUAACUCAGUAAAGGACAUGAUUUCACAUUUUGAGGAUAAAAAUUAUAAAAACUAUAUUGUUAAAGAUAUUUCAGCUAUUUACUCAGAAAAGUUAGUUAAUAUUAUUUCAAAGUUAUUAUCGUUAAAUACUUUAGAAAGGUUGGAAGUAAUAACCAACUAUAAUAUAAACAGAACAGAAUAUAUUAAUUUAGAAAUUUCAAAUAAUGCACGAUAUAUUAUUGUAUAA